AUGGACGAGUCCGAUAUCGAGCGCACACCGGAGUACAACGAUUUCAUGGCCAAGCUUGAGCAAUUCCAUGCCGCAAGAGGAACGCCAUUACUGCGAGAACCGGGAUUGGGACCAAGGAAGAUUAGUUUGUUGAAGCUUUAUAAGUUGGUUACGGGAAGGGGAGGGUAUGAUGCGGUUACGGAGGAGAAGGGAACUUGGAAGUCGUUGGCGGGUACAUACAAACUCCCACCGACAAUCACCAAUGCAGGUUUCCUCCUCAAGACAAUCUACUACCGUUACCUCGCCGCAUACGAAAUCGAACUCUUUCACGGCAAGAAAGCACCACCGCCAGAACAUCUCGAGCACCUAUCAGCAAAGGGAGGAGCGAUUAUGACGCGAACUGCUGAGCAGCUACAAGCGCUCAUGACACCAAAGGAGGAACCGAAGAAGGGGACGAGUCCGAGUCCAACGCCGAUGACGAGGAGGUUGAGAGAUCAGCCGACGCCCAAACAGCAUUAUGAGGGGGAGACGGGGUCGAAUGGGAGGACGAGUCAGACGCCGGCUGCGAGUGCGACGCCGAUGCCGCUUCCUGCUGUUGCGCAUACGCCAUAUAUGGGACAGACGCCUGUUCCUCCAGCAAUGACUCCGUUCGGUGCACCUGGGUACCCGCCGCGUGGACCAGCGGGUGCUGCGGUACCAUCGGUGUUAAUCCCACCGCCUGUUAUGGCAUCACCGAAUUUGAUGAGGAUCACGAUGGCGCUCAGGUCUGGUAUUCCGAGUGAGGUCGACUGGGCGAUGCACCACCUUUUGCGAAUGUCAUAUGAACAGGGUGAACAUUUGCGAUUGGAGCUGCUGCCGGGUUUGCCGGAGGCUUUGUUGGAGAAACUAUCGCUGAUAAUGGAGUUGCCGGUUGACGGACCUGAUGCGGAGAUCAAGGCGAUGCAGUUUACGGCCGAGGAGCAGAAGACGCUCGAUAAGGUGCUAGAGGCAGGGUUGGUGUUGAGGAACUUGGCUUUGGAGGCGGACAAUGGCAAGUUCCUUGCGAGGUUGUUGCGGACUCGAGAGAGUGUACAGCAUGGUAUCGGUCUUCCUGAGGCGAGCCAUUUAGUUGAGUUGAAGCAUUAUUGCUUGGAUAUUGCGGAGGCAAUUAGCCCUCAUAUCCGGGUUGAAGAUGAGAAUGAUGCGUUCUACAUCGGUUUCUGCAAGCUGCUGGAAACGAAUGAUCGGAGCUUCCUCAUCAUUGCUUUGCGGACGCUCGUGAGGUUAGCGAUCGGGGAUGACACCAACAUCCUGCUGCAGGAGAUCCCAGAAAAGACCAUCAACCGGUUGUUGCAGAUGCUAAUCCUCAACGAUGAAGAGCUGAACGCGGCAAUUUUGGAUUUCAUGUACCAGUGGACAAGUUACAAGAUCAACGCUCAGGCAAUGAUGACCAGGCCGGACGCAAUCGAGCUGGUGAAGAGACUGGUGGACAUGAUGAGAAGAAACACGGAAGAGAUGGAGUACGUCUACCCCGUACUGAUGAGGGGUGAGCCACGGCACAAGGCUCCCGUCCAACCGCCAAGAUUACCGGCUGAGCUGAUGACGGAGCUCAUGCAGUACAAUGAACCUGAAAGAACGAUCAAGUGGUUGCACUCGGCGUUCGAGGAAGAUCCGUUGGAGAAUGUGACUCAAAUCAUGUUGUGGAAUACCUAUCAACAGCUCUUUACUCCGUUCAUUCCGAUUGGAAAGCCAAUCCUCCAGGCGGCGGAUUUAAUCAAAACCGUCUCUGAAUCGGCGUUCCCUAAGGCUCCGGCCAAAGUGUUAGCUACAGAGGAGGGUCCGAAGUUCAUCAUUGAGGGUAUCAAGCCUCGCGUGACGCCUGUUGGUGUCAAGGGCAAGAGAUACUUUGACUGUAAAUGGGGAGUGGAUGCUGCUACAGGCUACGGUUGUGGUAUGAUCUGCCCUACAGUGAACGAGCUCUACGCUCACAUCGUGGAUGCACAUCUCGAUAAGACUCCUGGCGCAACAAUGGCAUGUGACUGGAACCUCUGCCGACAAUUACAUGCCAAACCCCGGGAUAUGAAGACCGUCGCGCUCCAUGUCCGCACGCACAUGCCUGACUCAGAACAAACAGAGAACUACCAUGGCUUACGAAGUCAGUUGAUUAUCAAUGAAGGGAAGCCGAAGAAGGAUGGGUUGGGUGUUACGGCGACGCUUGUGUUGAGAAAUCUUGCGAGGGCGAAGGGGGCUGCAAAUGUUAUGGUGGGGGUUGAGAAGGAGAUCAUGGAGGCGAUUGCGGUGAAUAAGGGGUUGUUUGCGUACGCCGGAGACUUGCUGCCGAGGUAA